AAUGUACUCAAUUUUUAAACCACGCCAAUACGCUAUAAAUAAGCCACUCCUACCCCUUUAACAAUCACUCAACCCUCUAUUUUCCCUUUUUCUUCAUGACUACCUCAAUGAAGCUUCAUCACAUAGUCAUUUCCAUUUGUGCUCUCUUAUGUCUAGCUUUUGCAGGAGAAGUCCAUGGCCAUGGAUCGCUGCCACAAAAAUAUUGGGAAGCUGUUUGGCCAAACACUCCGAUUCCCAUUGCUAUGCAAGAUCUUUUAAAACCUGAACAUGAAGGUGAUGAAAUUGAGGAUCUCCCCAUGGAGUUUGAAAAGCAACAAUACCCGGAAGAUUUAUUCUUUCAAAAUGAGCUUUACCCAGGAAAUACAAUGAACUUGCAGUUCGACAAAAGUCCCUUUGCACAACCUGCUGGUCUUAUCAAGUAUCUUGGUGCCAAUGAUGAUAUUAAAAACACUGAAAAAGAAGCAUAUAAUGUUGAUGAGUUAUGUGUAAAGAAGAGAGCCACCAUAGGAGAACAGAAGCAUUGUGCUAAAUCUUUGGGAUCAUUAAUUGAGUUUGCCAUUUCAAAGCUUGGAAACAACAUUCAAGCACUUUCAAGUUCCUUAAUAGAUAAUCAAGAACAAUACACUGUAGAGUCUGUACAAAAUCUUGGAGAUAAAGGGGUGAUGUGUCACAGGUUGAAUUUCCAAAAGGUUGUAUAUUAUUGUCAUAGAAUUCGUGCAACCACAGCUUUCAUGGUUCCGUUGGUGGCCGGUGAUGGAACCAAAACUCAAGCAAUAGCUGUUUGCCAUGCUGAUACUUCUGGUAUGAAUCAACAGAUGCUUCAUGAUGCUCUUAAAUUGGAUUCUGCUGAUAUCAAAUACCCAGUUUGCCAUUUCCUUGGCAAUAAGGCCAUUAUGUGGGUCCCUAAUUUCCUUGGCAACGUUGAUGUUUAGUUGGCCCCUUAAGCAAUUUCUAAUGCUGUAUUUAAAUAAAUUAUUGUUGUGUGUUUUUUUUAAUUCUGAGGAGUUGAACUUGUGACUUCAGUCUUGUACCAAAUCAUCUUGUCCCUCCAAGACACUGUGCUGGAAUUGAAAAAAUUGUGCUAUGGUGAUGUAUUAAAAUAUAAUGAAACAUGCAGUGUGUUUUUAUGAUAUAAUAUUUGUUAAGUUA